GCACAGCUGUUUUGUCGCUGUGGCAGCGGGUCACCCGGGGCAGCUUCCGCGCGCCGAUCAUCUCUGCUCAGUAAGCCACCUUCAGCUCCUCCCGCGCCUGCUGCCUCAGUCUUAGCGUACACGAGCAUACACAUAUGCUUCUUCUACUGAUAUACAUACCUAAAGCUACUCCUCAAAGUUGGUGUUCCUGCGCAUUUCAAAUAGCAAACGCCGAGUCGUCGGACGUUAGACGGUCACCACCCACCGCACCUUGCGACACAGCGCAUACACGUAUGUACCGCAGACCCGUCUCCGGCCUCUGAGCCACUCAGCGUAGCGGCCGCCGAGUGCGAGCCAACCCCUGCAGGCGACUUCGCAGCGCAGCUUCGUCGCUGUGGUUGUGAGCGCGGUCCAGGUCAACCACGGGAAUGCUAGGUCUUUGGCCUCAGAGCUACUUCAACCACAUAGGCGAUAUGCAGUAUGACGAGGAGCCAGGGCCAUGUCCGGACGACCGCAAGCACGAGCAGGACGAUCAGCUCGAGGAGCAGCACGGGCGCAAGCGCCAGCGGCGUGAACAUCGUCGCAGCAUCUUCUUCUCCACAGCCAACUCAGAUUCGGAGUCGGACGGUGACGAGGAGGCGGAUGAGGGAGUGGGGCUCAACGGCUUCGGGCCAGCAGGGCACCCUUGCGAGCUAGCGGUGGUCUCCGCGUGCGCUCUCAGCAAGGGGGUCCUGCUUUCGCCCAUAACGCGGCGUGCCACGUCGCCGUGCUUGGCAUCCACCAGCGCUUUUGUGGCAGUGCACGAGGAGCCAAACGCCUGCUUUCGCAGCUACAUGGAGGACAGGUCUGCUGCCAUGACCGCGGACGGCGUCGCAUACCUGGGCAUCUACGACGGGCACGGUGGCAUCGACGCGUCUACCUUCCUGCAGCGCCACCUGCUCAGCACAAUCCAGGAGCACCUGCAGCCGGGCUGUGACGUUCACGACGCUCUUACGACCGCAUACAGCGCCACCAAUGCAGCUUUCCGGGCCACGGGAUCCAUCCAGGGCUCCACGGCAACCACAAUCAUUCUGAAACACAACCGUUUGAUCGCAGCGAACGUGGGUGACUCGCCCGCGUUUGUGGUGAAGAAGAGUGGCGAGGUUUACUCGGUUAUCCAGGAGCACAAGAUUGAGGGCGAGGAGGCAGCGCGGAUAGCAGCGCAGGGUGUUCCCAUCUACCGGUCGCCAACAGGCCCCGCCUACAUGGGCACCCCUGACGGCACACGCUGGCUGAACAUGUCGCGCGCAUUUGGCGACUUCGUGUACCCAGCAAUUUCCUGCGAGCCGUACGUGUGCUCGCUGGACGUGUCAGACGGCAAGUUCCUGGUCAUGGGCUCAGACGGGCUCACAGAGAAAUGGCCGGUGGCGGAGGCGGCGCAGUAUGUGCAGCAGCUGGCUGGCGCCGGCUGGAGCCUGCCGGCCAUCUGCCGCUGCCUGGUGGAGCGAGCGCUGGCACGCGGCAGCACCGACAACAUCACCUGCUGCGUGGUGGACCUGGAGGCUUACAUGGUGCAAGCGCAGGAGGCGGGUGCGGCGGAGGCAGCUGCCGCGGAGGCGGAGCGGGAGGGCACCAGCGGCCCCGGUUCCUCAGGCGGUGCCGUGGCUGCGACGCCAGUGGAAGAGGCGGCGGGCGAGGCGCCGGCCGCUGCGGCUGGCGACUGUGAGGCUGCCAGCGCCGCGGCUGCCGCUGCAGCCGCGCUGGAGCCGCUGCGCCACUCGCCAGAUGACGAGCUGGCGCCCGAGGAGUUUGAGCAGUGGCAGCUGCGGCGGCAGCAAGAGCAGCAGCAUUUGCAGACACCGUGUGGUGGGAGGUACAGCGGCACGGCGGCAGAUGAUGACCUGGUUUGCCACGAGACGCCAGCUGAGGAGCAGGGCCGUGAGCCAGCUGGCGCGCAGCAGCAGCAGCAGCAGGUGCCUGCGCUCGCGCUUCCAGGCGAUGUGGGUGAACCAAGCCCUGCUGUUGCAGAGGCAGCCGCUGGCAAUUCGUCGCCAGCGGCGGGGGAUACGGACGAUGUCGUUGUGGUGGCGGCAAGCCCGUGCGAGUCCGGAUGCGCCGGCGGUGAGGAAGGCAGCACCGCUGGGGUAGGAGCAGGCAACACGCCAGAGCCUGAGGCUGCAGGCUGUGCAACUGCAGCGCUGGGCGGGGCCUCAUGAGCGACUGCCAGUUCCUGGGUUACUGCCUGCGCUGGACUGUGAACUGCAGAAACUGUACCUGUAUGCAAAAUGCCUAUAUUAAUAGUGGGAUGCAGUGCGCAUGUACACAGUUUGAGGGUGUGGAGAGGACUUAUGCAAAUGUGGCCUGGAUGGGGUGACGGCGGGCUACGUGAUUCCGGUCGGCAGUCCCGUGUCGACAGUGAAGAACGGAGCGGAUAGUAAGAGUGCUGUCGUGGCAAUUUAGCGUCGGGCGCGGACACGCACGCAUUCUCUUCCACGUGAUCCACAUCCUGCUGGGGUAAAUGUGUGUGAUGAGUGGCAUGUCUUGGCAUGCCAAGACUGAAACGCAACUUGGGCAGCCGUUGAAUGGCGGUGGGCAUGUCAGAACGGCAGUCGAUCUGCUAAUACAGAUAUGGGUCAAACCUUGGACCAUACAUGGUAUGCGCAAUUCCAUUCUUUCGAGUUCGUGUGCGCGAGGUUGCAAUACCGCAGCAGCAAGCACUAUGAGUGUGGAGUGAUAACGACGUGUACCGUGAGUUUACCUGCGGUAGGACAUGACGAGUCUCCAGGCCAGGACCCAGACUGUUUGCCUUCACUUCAACGACGCGACGCAGGGAGGACUGCGGGUGCAUGCCGCAGGCUGACAUGACAGGCUUCGCAUGACCAUGCAUGAUCGGUGUGCUGCAACUUUUGUUUGACCGUCUGCUGCUGCAUGUGUUCGUGAGUGCACUUCCCUAUGACAUGAUUUCGUUCUUCCCAUCAAUGAGAAGCAUGGAAUCAUGCUGUUCACGCAAUUUAUGUUUGCAUACACCCGAUGGUGGUCUGGAAUCUGGGAUCAGGCCGCUUCCGCUGGCAAGGGUGCUGUAAUCUACACUGUGC